GAAAGAGACAGAGUCAGCGAUGCCCGGCAGCCGGGACACACCCCCGGCACCCCUUUCCCAGCCAGCCCCAAGGGCCCACACGGGCUCAGGGCACUGGGUAUGGAUCUGCCAUCUCCCGUGCAGCUUCCCGGGGGACAGGGCACAGCAGGCACGGGCGGGGGCUCCCCGCCGCUGCCCCCACCAUGGUGCAGCGCCUCCUCCCACACCCAGCCCCACCUCCCGCCCGCGGCCGGGGCCGCCACCAGAACAGGCACCUGCCGCCCAGCCAGGCGGGCGAGUUCGGGAGCCGGCAGCACCUGCCCAGGCCUGGCGCCAGCCCCGGCCCGGCAGCACCCAACCUCCCCGCCGGGACCUCCGGCUCCGGACACCCUCUGGAGGCCUCCCCAAAAUGCCCCUGGGGAUGCCCGUCAGCUUGGCCUCCCCGGGGCGCGCAGGGGACGGGCACCUCUGCGGCACCGCGGGGACACUCCCCGCACAGCACGAGCGGCACCGGCUCCUGCAGCUCGCAGGGCGAGCUCCACACGGCCCCUUCCACCCAUGGGCAUUCCCUCCCCAGCGCCGGGCAGGGAGCAGGCGGCCACAGCGCAGCUGCUGCGUGCGUGCCGGGGACCCCGCGGCCGGACAUGGCGUGAGGGCGGCGGGAAGGGGCAGGAUGCUGACGGGACAAUGCGGCUUCCUGCGCAGGUGGCCGGGGGAGGAAGGAUGAGAGGAUGCCUUCGGCCUCGGCUCUGGCUCCCCAGCGCUAGGGAGGGGACGAUGGCCUCACACCAGCGCAGGGGACACAGGGAGUGUGGCAGGGGCGAGGCAGAGCCCCCAGCACCGCUCCCAGCCUCGCCGAGGGCUCCGGGGCCGGGUUACACCCAGGAAGCUGCCCUGGUUCUCAGCACCACGCGCCGGCAGGGCAACCCCUUGUACCCCCUCACAGCACCCGCGGGUGGGCAGGAGCGUCACAAAGCCCGGGGACACGGCGUACCCCCGUGGGACACUCGCCUGGCCUGGCGCCAGUGA